UUCAACAAGGAGAAUUCCGGCGCCAGGUGGGCGCCGGGCUGGGCCGCCUGCACAGGUUCCUGGAGCGGCGUCAGGAUGGCGCUGAGGACCUGGAGCUGAGCUCGGGGGUCGGGGUGGGCACCCAGAGCCCCCCGAGGCCCCCCGUGGUGGACUGCACGUUCUGCGGGCUGCCCCGGCGCUACGGCAUCGCCGUCCUCUGCGGCAUCGGCUUCUGCAUCAGCUUCGGCAUCCGCUGCAACCUGGGCGUGGCCGUGGUCAGCAUGGUCAACGGGGCACCCGGGCAGCGCGCCCAGUUCAACUGGGACCCCGAGACGGUGGGGAUGAUCCACGGCUCCUUCUUCUGGGGCUACAUCGUCACCCAUCCCGGGGGCUUCAUCGCCCAGAAAUUCGCCGCCAACAGGGUGUUCGGCCUGGCCAUCGUGUCCACGUCGGUGCUGAACAUGCUGAUCCCCUCGGCCGCCCGCACGCACGUCGGCUGCGUCAUCGCCGUCAGGGUCAUGCAGGGGCUCGUGGAGGGCGUGGCGUACCCGGCCUGCCACGGCAUCUGGAGCAAAUGGGCCCCUCCCCUGGAGCGGAGCCGCCUGGCGACCACGGCCUUCUGCGGGUCCUACGCAGGGGCAGUGGUGGCCAUGCCCCUGGCCGGGGUGCUGGUGCAGUACACGGGCUGGAGCUCCGUCUUCUACGUCUAUGGCAGUUUUGGGGUGUGCUGGUACAUGUUUUGGGUGCUGGUGUCCUACGAGCCCGCCCAGCACCCCACCAUCACCCCCGAGGAGCGCAAGUACAUCGAGGAGAGCAUCGGGGAGAGCGUGGGCACCAACCCGCUGCUGGUGGGCACCCCCUGGCGCCAGUUCUUCACCUCCAUGCCCGUCUACGCCAUCAUCGUGGCCAACUUCUGCCGCAGCUGGACCUUCUACCUGCUGCUCAUCAGCCAGCCCGCCUACUUCGAGGAGGUCUUUGGCUUCGAGAUCAGCAAGGUGGGGCUGCUGUCGCUGCCCCACCUGGUGAUGACGAUCGUGGUGCCCAUCGGCGGCCAAAUCGCCGACUUCCUGCGCCCGGGGCUCAUGUCGACCACCAACGUCAGGAAGAUGAUGAACUGCGGCGGGUUUGGCAUGGAGGCCACGCUGCUGCUGGUGGUCGGCUACUCGCACUCCCGCGCCGUCGCCAUCUCCUUCCUGGUGCUCGCCGUGGGCUUCAGCGGCUUCGCCAUCUCCGGGUUCAACGUGAACCACCUGGACAUCGCCCCCCGCUACGCCAGCGUCCUCAUGGGGCUCUCCAACGGCGUGGGGACCCUGUCGGGGAUGGUGUGCCCCCUCAUCGUGGGGGCCCUCACCCGCCACAAGACGCGGGAGGAGUGGCAGUGGGUGUUCCUGAUCGCCGCCCUCGUGCACUACGCGGGGGUCGCGUUCUACGGGGUCUUCGCGUCGGGGGAGCCGCAGCCCUGGGCGGAGCCCCGGGAGGAGGCCGAGCCCCUCGCACCGGGCGAUGAGGAGGAUGAUGAGGAGGGGGAGUACGAGGAAGGCGGAGCGGGGAUGGGACCGCCCGGGGGGCCCCCGUCCGGCUACGGGGCCACCGGCACCACCCCGGCCCCCGGGGGCUCCUGGGGGAUGCGGAGGAGUGAGGCGGACCACCCCCCUGCUGACCCACCCCCCAAACACACACCUCAAACCACCACUCCCCACCGGGGAUCCUCUCGGGACCACCGGGAUCACCAGGAACCACCCCCCAACCCCCUCCGAACUCCCCUCCCCGGGAAUCCCACCGGGAAUCCCCUCGGGACCACCGGGAUCACCAGGAACCGCUCCUACCCACCCCCCGAACUCCCCUCCCGGGAUUCCCACCUCGGGACCACCGGGAUCACCAGGAACCGCCCCCCCACCUCAAACCACCACUCCCCACCGGGGAUCCCCUCAGGACCACCGGGAUCACCAGGAUCACCAGGAACCGCCCCUACCCACCCCCAGAACUCCCCCUCCCGGGAUUCCCACCGGGAUCCCCUCGGACCACCAGGAUCACCAGGAACCGCCCCCCCACCCCCCGAACUCCCCUCCCGGGACUCCCACCGGGAUCUAUCAGGACCACCGGGAUCAUCGGGAACCGCCCCUACCCCUCGAACUCCCCUCCCCGGGAUUCCACAGGGGAUCCCCUCAGGACCACCGGGAUCACCAGGAACCGCCCCUACCCCCCCGAGCUCCACUCCCCGGGAAUCCACCGAGGAUCCCCUCAGGACCACCGGGACCACCAGGAACCGCCCACCCCCACCCCCGAACUCCCCUCCCGGGACUCCACCGGGAUCAUCAGGACCACCAGGAUCACCAGGAACCACCCCCACCCCCCCGAACUCCCCUCCCGGGAAUCCCACCGGGACCACCAGGACCACCAGGAUCACCAGGAACCACCCCGCCCCCACCUCAAGCCACCACUCCCACCGGGGAUCCCCUCGGGACCACCGGGAUCACCAGGACCCCCCGCCCCCGAACUCCCCUCCCGGGAUUCCCACCGGGAUCAUCAGGACCACCAGGAUCACCAGGAACCGCCCACCCCGAACUCCCCGGGACUCCCACCGGGAUCAUCAGGACCACCGGGACCACCAGGAACCGCCCACCCCUACCCCAUCCCCCGAACUCCCCUCUCCCGGGACUCCCACCCGGGAUCAUCAGGACCACCAGGAUCACCAAGAACUACCCCCCUCCGAACUCCCCUCCCGGGAAUCCCACCGGGGAUCCCUCAGGACCACCAGGACCACCGGGAUCACCAGGAACCGCCCCCACCUCAAACCACCACUCCCCACCGGGGAUCCCCUCAGGACCACCGGGACCACCGGGAUCACCAGGAACCGCCCCCACCUCAAACCACCACUCCCCACCGGGGAUCCUCAGGACCACCCGGAUCAUCAGGACCACCGGGAUCACAAGGAACCACCCCCACCCCGAACUCCCCUCCCCAGGAUUCCCACCGGGAUCAUCAGGACCACCAGGAUCACCAGGAACC